AUGGCGACUAACUUAUCACCUGCCAGAGUGCGGUCAUUGACUGCCUCUGCUCGGCGAUUGUGCCGAUCUGCUACCUUUUCCACCUCGUCUAAAAAGCUUGGAUACGCGGAUACGCUUCGAAAUCUUAAGAUCGGCGCCCAUACAAGGGUUCUCUACCAAGGUUUUACUGGCCGUCAAGCGACUGCCAAUGCAAAAGAGUCCAUCGACUGGGGAACUAAUAUUGUGGGUGGUGUCAAGCCCGAGGUAGAAGGCGAGCAUCUCGGCUUGCCAAUCUUACCAUCUGUCCGAGAAGCAAAAAAGAAAUUGAAUCCGGAUGCGUCUGCCAUCUAUGUACCAGGAGACCGAACGGCCAAAGCCAUCGAAGAAGCUAUAGAGUCAGAAAUCCCCCUCGUGGUGGCUGUUGCCGAACAUGUUCCUGUCCAUGACAUGCUGCGAAUUCACUCCAUGCUCAAAACACAGUCUAAAACGAGACUGGUGGGAGCCAACUGUCCGGGUAUUGUGUCUGUCGUGGGCAAGUGCCGUAUAGGGUUCCAGCCACUGCCUUGCUUUUCCCCCGGUAGGAUUGGAAUUGUCAACAAGUCAGGCACCCUGAGCUACGAAGCGUUUGCAUCUACAACUAGAGCUGGGCUAGGUCAAAGUCUAUGCAUUAGCAUGGGAGGAGACGUCUUGGCCGGCACUACGUUUGUAGAUGCGCUGAAGGUCUUUGAGGAGGACCCCGACACAGAUGGGAUUAUUCUGAUUGGAGAGGUCGGAGGAGUGGCAGAGUUGGAUGCUGCUGAAUGGAUUAAGGAUUACCACACGAGGACAUCAAAUCCGAAACCGAUCAUGGCCUUGAUUGGUGGUUUAGAAGCUCCUCAAGGCCGAAUUAUGGGACACGCCGGCGCGUGGGCAGCUCCUGGAGAGCCCAGCGCCAAGUUCAAGUAUCAAGCACUCGAGAAAGCCGGGGUAACUAUGGUGUCGCAUCCCGAGAAGUUUGGAGAUGGCAUGAAGACUCUUUUGGCAAACCGAGGAUUUCAAUCAAAUGCCUCUACCUCUACAUUGUCCCGGUCAGCCGGCCAGCAGAGAGGAUUUCACACUAUGAGACGAUUCAAGAACCCUCCGAUGUCUCAAGCCCCUCAAACACAACAACGACGCUCCCUUUAUAUCAAGCAACACCAGGCAUUUGAUAUUCUCCAGAAAAGGCACGUUAAGACACAAGAAAAGACUGUUUCUUCCGAACAUUUCAACCUAGCAGUGGGCAUCGAUAGGACAUCGCUGUCUCCAUGUAUCACCGUGUCUUCUGCCAGCCCAUCUGAAGAAUCAUUUUUGAGAAUCCCUUUGGACUACCGCGAUAAGCAUCGCAUCAUUUUCGAAAACGCGACCCCGAUGGUAAGCCAAAUUAUUUCCUUCUUGGGAUUGCCAUUGGAAGAUCAUGAACCAUUGCAAAAAUAUAUUCGCAAACUCUGGCCCAUUUUCAUGGAAAAGGAAGCUUUUCUUAUGAGCACGAGGGCCUCUAUCACUGAUAACGUGGUGGUUGUGCACGAGGCAAGGUUUGGUUUUGACGAUGCCGCUUUCCGCAGCGCGGGCCGACAGAAAGAAGUGCAUGCUUUACGCGAUACCCGUGAUGAGGUUCCAGAGGAAGUAAAAGCAGAGAGACAGGGGGCUAUCUAUGUCAAGCUCGACGGAGAGGGAAGCAUCGGGACUUUGGUCAACGGCGCCGGGCUUGCGAUGAACACGGUCGACUCUCUUAUACUGAAAGGCGGCCAUCCGGCCAACUUCCUUGAUACCGGCGGCAAAGCAACUUCAGAUACUAUUGAAGGAUCGUUUCGUAUCCUGUGCUCCGAUCCACGCAUCAAGACCAUCUUUGUGAAUAUAUUUGGCGGAUUGACCAAGUGUGACAUGAUUGCGCAGGGAAUCAUCAACGCAUUUAAGAACUUGAACAUGACGGUUCCGGUGGUUGUGCGACUACGCGGGACCAACGAAGAGAAGGGGCAAAAAAUGAUUGCUCAGAGUGGGCUGUCACUGCAUUCCUUUGACAGUUUCGACGAAGCAGCAGAAAAGGUCAUUAGUCUUGCAAAAGAGGCCCCGAAAGUAUAG